CCGCCCGCCCCCCCGCCGCCGCCCCCCGCGAGGUCCCACUGGUGGCCCCCCCUCGCCGCUCCCGGACGAAGCGCCCGACAGCCGGCCCAGCUGCAGGCAGCAACAGUGACCUGUCGCGCUCGCUCAGCCCCCCGCCCUCCUGGAGCUGCCCCUCGCAUUCAGCCCCCGCCAGCCUGGGGGAGCGCGGCUUUUUCUCCGUGUGCCCACCGCCCCUCGGGCUGUCGCGGGGUCCCAGCCCCGUGGUGCUGGGCUCGCAGGACGCGCUGCCCGUGGCCACCGCCUUCACCGAAUACGUGCAUGCCUACUUCAAGGGGCGAGAUGCCGACAGCUGCUUGGUGAAGGUGACGGGGGAGCUCACCAUGUCCUUCCCCGCCGGCAUCGUGCGCGUCUUCAGCGGCAGCUUGGCCCCCCCCGUGCUCAGCUUCCGUCUGCUCAACGCCGGUGCCAUCGAGCAAUUCCUGCCCAACGCCGAGCUGCUCUACAGUGACCCUUCCCAGAGCGACCCCAGCACCAGGGACUUCUGGCUGAACAUGGCUGCGCUGACGGGGCAGCUGCAGAAACAAGCAGAGCAGAGCCCAUCCGCCUCCUACUACAACGUGGCUCUGCUCAAGUACCAGUUUUCCCGGCUGGGUCCCAGCUCAGCCCCACUGCGGCUGUGUGUGCGCUGGGACUGCGCGCCCGGAGCCACGCGGGUCAGUGUGGAGUACGGCUACAACGCGGGGGCGCUCGCCCUGCCUGUGCCCCUCGCCAACGUCCACGUGCUGCUGCCCCUGGAUGAACCUGUCACCAACGUGCGGCUGCAGCCCAAGGCCAGCUGGAACCUGGAGGAGAAGAGGUUGCUCUGGAAGCUGCUGGAUGUCCCCAGCGCGCCAGGGCAGGGAGGCUGCGGGCGGCUCUCAGCCAGCUGGCAGCCGCUUUGUGGGCCCAGCAAGCCCAGCCCGGUGGCAGCACAGUUCAGCAGUGAGGGCAGCACGCUGUCGGGCGUCGAGGUGGAGCUGGCAGGCGCUGGGUACCGCAUGUCGCUGGUCAAGAAGAGGUUCGCCACGGGGAUCUACCUGGCGGGGUCCUGAGCUGCCUCUACUCGGACCCCCGGACCUCCCCUUGGUUGUGUGAGCUCAAAGCACUGGAUGGAGCCUGGUUGGAGGGGGUGCCUUCCUCCUCCUCCUCACUCCUCUUCCUCCCCCCCACUCCCCUUCCUCCCCAUAGCCAUAACUGCGUCAUCUCCUGCUGUAAGGGAUGGACCCCCCCCCCCCACCCCACCCCCGUGCUGUGAAGC